AUGGCAGAUUCAACCAGUGAUUCUGGUUCUGUGCAUAGCUUGUUGACGGAGCAAAGUUCGGAAAAGAAAUCAGAUAAUAAUAAUAAUAGAUAUUAUGCUCUGUAUUCGUUUUAUCCAAAUAACAGGUUAGGUCUUAAUUAAUUUCCAUCUGUAUAGGAAGAGUCGAUUUUCAAAAUGCUGUAUCUCCAUUUUUGGCGUUUUGAGAUAAUCCGAAAUCGACUUUUUUAUGCUACACAAUGACAAUGAUGGCUCAAAUUUCCGGAAAAGUAAAUGCUUAUUUAGGUAUAUAUUCAAAAUAUAAGUUAGAUUAUGAUGAACAUUGAAAUUUAGGUUAAUUAAAAUGUAUUUGUUUACUUGGUUGAAUUUCUUAUUUCAUUUCAAAAUGCUGUGUAUCCACCUAUAAAUUAGUGACAAAAUGCUGUAUAUCCAUUUUGUUAAAUUAUUAGCAUAACAUUAUUCCAAGUAGCAAAUAAUUCAAGUUGUUUAUAGAUUACAAACCACGUACAUAACAAAAUAAGGCUGUUUCAGAUUUAGCGGCCCACAUUGACUUUGUUAAGGUUAGGCAUAGGGAUUGAUUUAGGGUUCGGGUUAGGCUUAGGGAUAGAUUUAGGGUUUGGGUUAGGCAUAGGGAUAGAUUUAGGGUUCGGGUUAGGCAUAGGGAUCGAUUUAGGGUUCAGGUUAGGCAUAGGGAUCGAUUUAAGACGUAAAAGUGCGUGUAUGGAAAUAAAUGCUGGCCGCGUUCUCUGAAUUUACCCAAAAUAAAAUUAAAUUGUAUCAUAUACAUUGUAUAAUUGUGUAUGAUAAAUGCUUUUAUUGAUAUAUUAAUAUUAAUUAACAGAACAGUAUUAUAAAUGCUGGGAAGUCGCUUGUAAUAGUGUAAUGUUUAGAGUGCUAUAAGUUUGCAUGAUUUGUUUUUAUAAAUCUUAAUUCUAAACAAAAGUAAACAAGAUAAUGUUCAAUUAAAAAAUCAUUUUAUUUGAAUUUAGAGCAGCGACACAAUAGAAAAUGAUGAAGUGUCUGAUUCGGAGUGUGCAUCAUCUUCAAUAGCAGUUUGGUUUUGUUCCAGGGAAAGUUGAUGCUUUUUAUUUACAUUCAAAUCAGAGGGCAAAUAUUUCAGUCCUUGAGCACCCUUUCUUCUGUAAUGGCUGGAUCUGUAUGUAAAAGAUUGAAUGUGUAAUAAAUGACAUAGCUAACUCUGUAAAGAAACUUUUUAUUUUCAUUUCCUUAACACUUCUGAUGUGUAGUAACCAUAACCAUAAUAAUAAUAAUGUAAAAUGAAAUGUAGUGUUUUUUUAAUAAAGUUACCGGUAACUCACCUUGCAGAACCAUGUAUCAUGAUUACACGUAACCGAGGGGAUCUUUCCUCCGCUUGAUUGACAAAAUGAUUUGUCUUUUUCUUGUGUUGAGCUUUUUUCUUUCUUUUUGGAGAUUUUAUAGUACAAACAACUCUUUCAUCCAGGCCGUCAUUAUGCACCGUGUUUGUUGUUGUUUCGCGUGGUGAUGUUUAGUGCGCAUGCGCAGAAUGUCGCAGAAUAGCUUGCCAAUCACACGGAUUCCUCCAAAAAUAUAUGCAGCAUUUUGAUAAUAAAAAAAAAAUUCACACCGCGUUUUGAAAAUAAAAUCAUUUUUAGACAUAGAAUAAUAUAGUAUUAAAAUGUGUUUUGUAGAUAAACUUUAACAUGUCCUAAAGGAACCUGGUUUGCUCUACAAGAAUGUACAGUUAUCUCAUUUUUUUCAAAAUGGCGGAUACCGCGUUUUGAAAAUCGACUCUUCAUAUCCUUCCACUCGAUUAGACCUAUAAAUUUUUUGGGUAUUGUCAUUGUUAUUAAAAUAAAAUUAAAAUUACACAUUCUCAUUAUUACUAUUACCUAUUCGGAUUUGCACCCGGGUAUUAGGAAUGAGAGGUUGGUAUUAAAAAACUAUUUAGAAUAUUAUUGUUGGGUUUGUAAGACAAAAUGAGGUAUCAAAUGAAAGAUAAUUGAAUGGACUAUAUGUUUGUAAACUUACUUCUUCAGUUUAACUAAAAUAAGCUACCACAAAUAACAUCCGAAUGGGAUUUAGUCUAAAGGGACCAAGGUCCGAAUAGCAGCUAUGCACCAUCCUCUCCAAUCAAAUCAUAAUCUUUCGGUCAUUGAGAAUUUCACAUACCUGGGAUCCAAUAUUUCUAGUUCUCUCUCCGUUGAUGAAGAGAUAAAUGUCAGGAUUGCAAAAGCAGCAGCAACUAAGGCUAAACUGAAUAAGCGGGUGUGGAAUAAUAUCAAUCUAACUGAUAAAACAAAAAUAAGUGUCUAUCAGGCAUGUUUGCUUAGUACGCUCCUAUAUGGCAGCGAAGUGUGGACCAUAUAUACCUGUCAGGAGCGGUAACUCAACAGCUUCCAUCAAAGAUGUCUACAUAGCAUUUUACGCAUUCGAUGGCAGGACAAGGUGCCUAACACGGAGGUCUUGGAACAUGCACAAAUGUUUAGCAAGGGUUUGCGAAAUAGAUGUGUUUUCUAUUCGGUUUUGAGAGCCUCAAGUGUCUGGCUGUUUCUGGGAGCGUCAGGAAGUGUGUUCCAAAUUGUUGGGCCAUCAAAUGUGAAAGUGCGCCUUCCGUAAGUCUCAAAGCGAACACAUGGUAUCAAGAGUUUGCUACUAUCGGAUGAGCAGAGUUGUCUAGUGGGUACAUAAGUCGUCAUGAGCGCUUUGAGAUAGGACGGUGCCAGGUCAUGCAAGCAGCGGUAGCACAGAGUUGCAAUUUUGUACUCUAUGCGAGCUCGGACCGGCAGCCAAUGCAGCUCUCUCAGAAGUGUUUUAGCAUGGUCAAAUUUGCGUUUGCGAAGAACAAUGCGAGCCGCAUUAUUCUGUGCUUUUUUAUUUUUAUCCAGGAGCGGAGCUGGAAGACCCACCAUGAGAGCAUUGCAGUAGUCCAUGUGUGAUUGCACGAAUGCAGACAUCAGCCUCUUUGAUGCAUCAAACGUUAAGAGAGGUCUGAUAUGACUAAUUCUGUGCAGCUCUAGAAAAAUCGCCUUGCAAAGCAUGUUAAUGGGAUUUUCCAUAGUUAGUGUUGUAUCCAAAUAGACACCUAGGUUUUGCACUGUUUGAACAAACUCAAUCUCUAUACCUGAGAGAGUAAGGGAUGGUGUGUUAUUUACAGAUUUUAGCUUUUGAGCGGUAGCAAUCGGGAUCAGCUCAGUCUUUUCAUCGUUCAAUUUGAGCUUGUUUAUGUUCAUCCAGUGCUUAACUGACUCCACUGUCUUCUGUGUCAUACUAAGAAGCUGAGGGAACUGAGAGGGGAUCACAGACUGCUGAAGUUGGGUAUCAUCCGCGAACAUGGGAUAUUAGCAUGUCAAACUGCUUGAUCACUGCACCCAGGGGCUGAACGUACAUAUUAAAAAGCACCGGGCCUAGGACCGAGCCCUGGGGUACUCCGAAUUUGAUAAUAGAUUGCUUCGAUGUCAAGCUGUUUGCGAUAACUAAUUGGACCCGAUUUGUCUGAUACGAGCGGAACCAUCUCAGGAGAUGUAAGGAGAAUGGAGGAAGGCCGUAUCCCAAUGAUGCUGCUGCAUGGAGAGUUGGCAGAAGGGACAAGACCUACCGGACGGCCACGCCUCAGAUUUAUGGACGUUUGCAAAAUUAGCAUGAAGGAAGCCAAUAUUGAAAACAACGAAUGGGAGCUCAUUGCCGAACAAUGUUCCAGCUGGCAAACUGCAGUGUAUGAAGGAGUAAAAAAGGAAGAAGGUAUGUGAAACGAGGCCCCUGCAACAAAAAGAACAAUAAGGAUAGUCAAAAUCUUACCAGGAAUCAAUAUUCUCCUGCGAGAAAUUCAAUCGAGAUUAUCAUUCUAGGAUUGGCCUAGUGAGCCACUCAUCGAAGUGUAGGACUACAUAGCUACUCCAUUGUCUCGCGAAGACGGAAGGAUGCCAUAUACACUGCAUAAGGCCCACUGUGGGUAUUCCUCUAUGAUUGAUAUAUUUGCAAAAUUUCAAAAAGUUACAAUCAUAAACCACAUAAACCCCCCAAAAAAUUAUUAUUCAUAAACCAUUAUGACAUGAAACACAAUUAAAUGACGUUAAGUCAACAUAUUCCAGUGUUACCUAAUGUGGCAUACCCUCAAAGGGAAACAAUUUGUAAAUUAUCUAACAAAUAAUAGUCUAUGGGAUGGUGGUGAAUGAAGGGGGUGGGGGAUUAUUCUUCAUGAAUUCCUACUAUAGGAAGUUUUCAAAUUGGUUUUAUAGAUCAUAUUUCAUCAUUUUUGUAACAUACAGACAAGUGGGUAACUUAAAGAUUUUACCUUACCAAUUAAUACCAUGAUAACGGGCUGAUUACUUUUUUAUAUUUCUAAUAAUAAACUACUAAAUUUCAUAAGUUUGAGUGAGUUAAAUAUGUAAAUAUGAUAUAAAACAAGCUCUAAAUGCAAACUGUGUAUGCAUAAUUAUAAAAAUAUAUAUCUUUUUUGUAGGCUGAGUGGUGAGGAUAGAUUUAUACCUUCUGAUGUUGGUGAUCAAUUAGAUGGUAGCUUAAGGUAAGCUAUCUAUUAUCUAUUCAUGUCUUAUUUUUAAAUCCAAUUACUUAUGUCAAAUAAUAAAUCAGCUAUAAGUUUUUAAAACAAAAUAUAGUUAAUUUCAAAAUAAAAUUUACUAAGCUACGCAUAAAGUAACUGUAAUUUAUGUAUAUCUAUAUCUAUCUAUAUAUAGAGAGAGAUAUAUAGAUAUAUCAAUAAUAAUAGAAAACAAAAAUGACAUUUUAAAUAAGUUAAUGAUUGUAGACAUGGGAACAGUAUGAAAAUAAUGCUUAUUGGGAUAAAAUCAUAGUACAUUUAAAACUAACAUACCUCAUUGAAUAUGAUUUAUAAAAUUAGCUACAAGUAAGUUCAAAGAUUUAUAAAAUAUAAAAAGGAAUUAAAAUAAAUGUUUAAGACUCUAUUUGUUUUUCAGUUUGAACAUUGUAGCCACCAACCUAACAGCUACUACAGAAACAGACCUCAGGAGAUCACUGGCACAUAAAUUAUCAAAAAGUGUCCUCAAAGCAGGAGAUCCCAUCUUUUUUUCUGUUGGUUUGCAGUAAGUAUGUUAACAUUUUAACACAAAUACUUUUUCAAUUACAGUACCAAGAAUAAAAUAUGUGACUGGAGUAUGCAGGGGGGCCAAAGAAUUUAAGAUGCCAACAGAACAAGGAAAUGUAAAUGGUUUUAAAGUACCUGAUAGACACCUACAAAAUAUUUUAAAAUUCAAAAUAUAUUUAUCUGAUAUUAAUUUAUUUUACAAAUUGUUGGAUUUUUUUUUCUUUUCAGCUCAACACCUAACUCAUCAACGUCUGCUGCUUGCUCUUACUGCUUGAUUGAAGCAGGUUCAGAUAGUUUUGACUUUGACCUUGUUGCCAGUGAUGGGAAGUCAGGCGAUUGCAAAGAAAAUGAGCAGCAGCAAUUUGUUGUCUGCUUUGUAUCAUUGCAAGACAGCUCUUUGGACUUGUAUCCUAAUUUUAUGUUACUUCCAUGAAAACUUGUAGCCCCAAAAAAUAAUUAAGAUAUUAGACUUUUUUUUUAAUUGAAACAAUAAAAUCACAUUACCUUAUAAAAAUUAGUUAGUUUUAAAUUUUGAAAAAAUGCAUCUUAAUACUGAUGUGCACUCAAUUUCUAUUUUGAUUGUCUUUGCAAAAACACUUAAAUCAACUACAGAUUUCGAUCAGAAUUUGAAAGCUAUAUUAAUGGUUUGAUUCCACUCCUCGAUAAAGAGGUGAGGUUUUUUUAAUAUUUAUAUUAUAUUGCAACAACACUAGUUUGUCUUGCAUUUGUAUUUUUGCCAACAAUUUUUUUUCUUUUUGCUGAGUGUUUGUAUUUAAAAACCUAUUUUUAUAAUGUUUAAAAAUGAUUCCUUUUUUGUUUAAUUUAUCAUUACAUUCCACACUGAAAUACAAUAAAGACUUUUUGGAUCGAACAACUGAUAGCACUUAUAUGUCAAUCUCCUGAAGUCAAGACCCUGUACAAAGUUCCCAAAGACAAUUUACAACUAAAAAAAUAUAAUUUGAAAAAAAAAAUUAAAUUAAAAAUUUCAUUAUAAUUGCUUUUGUGAGAAACUUAAAAAAAUGUUAGCAUAAAAACCAUCUUUGUCCUUUUUAUGAUAUCUGUAUGGUUUUAAAUAUGAUAUCUGAAUGGGUUUAAAUACCAAACAACAGAUGUCUGUAAUAGUUUUUUUUCAACAUAAAGAAAGGAAAUGUGUCACCGUUAUGCCUAUUUCUACUGUCAACUUGCAUCAAUUUUACUAUUAGGAAUCACCUCUCAUAGUCUGCAUUUUGAUGCGAUGUAAUUUCAGCUAAUGCUUGAUUACACUCUAAGGCAAUUAGGAAAUAUGAUCUUGUCACAGCUUGUUAGUUGGCUGGCUAAUUAGGUCAAUUUUUGUUUUAACUUUAUUGCUAGGUUGUCUAUGUCUAAAUUUUAGCUUGUGUCAGUAAGUUUAACAAAAACAUUCACAGCCAUAUGUUUUAGGGGGGGGGGGGGGGGGGGGAGAAGAAAAAUUAACAUUACCUAUUAAUAUUCAUUUAAUCUAACUGCUGUAAGGACCAGCACUACUCACUAAUUUAUCAGAAUAAUCAAAAUAUUUUUAAAAAUCCUACCCUCUUCAACUAAAUUCAGUUUGUGUUUGAAAUUUAUGAAACUAUAAUUAAUGGUAAUGUAAAUAAUAUUCUAUUUAAAUGAAGAAAAAUAAUAUUUAACUGGUGUUGAAAGAAUACUUACUUAACAAAAUUCUCAUUAACAUUACCGGUACACAAAAAUAAGCCGUAAUUAAUCAAAUACCUUACGACAAUUGCUAUUUUAGUUUAUUUCUCACAAAGGAUUCCUCCUAUAGAGACCUUAAGUCAGUUUGAACACACCAAUCAGCUGCAAACUUCAUACUUUCAUUAAGUUUCAUCUAAGGCUUACUGUGUUUGAUGUGGUUCCCAUAAGAGUUUUACCUUAAAAUAAAUAUAAAUUUCCCACCUUUCUUUUUUUUUAUGAGUUAAUGCUCCUCUUAAUAAAUAGUCCUAAACAUUUUAUGUUUUCAUUUAUAUAUGUUUUACCAUAAUUUUCUUCUUUCAUCAUGUUUUCGUGACAGAUGAAGAGCUAAAACUUGUAAAAUAGUUAGUAUUUUGAUAUAUGAUUUGAAAUAUCUUUUCAUUGGUUGAAUGGCUAGUGUUAUGGAUUUCUAAAAGCAUCUUGUACUUGUUAGCUGUUGACAAACAUUACUUCAUUAUUUUUACCCAUGUUUUCCACCCAGCCUCUUAUGCAGCUCUCCUCCCCUCCAAGCAAACCUGAUGCCUCUAACAUUACAUCUCUCCCUGCACCCAGUAUACUCUCUGAUCAGAAAGAGGUAAUGAGGCUGUAAUAUGCCUCUGUGUUGAAGUCCAACUGCUAGUGAAUUUUUAAAAUUUUUAUUAAAUACUAUUUUAAUAAUGAACACGACUGUUACAUCAAACAGGCAAGAAUUGUGAGUAAAUUGAAAUCAAUGACUUGGGAUAGUAAAUUUCUGAUAUCAUUACUUCAUCCCUAAAUUUUGAAAUCCCUUUAUGUGUUGUUUUCAAAAGUUUUCCAUUUUAAAUAGUAGACAUUUUGGAAAUAAAGAAACUUGGUAAAACAUUUUAUAAUAAGACUUUUGGCAUUCACUAAAAUAUUAUUUUUUUCCUUGGCAAAUUCCUAUUUGGUUUCUUUAUUUAUGAGUUAAGUCAUUAGUUGUGCUUAAUGUUCUUAAAAACAAUACCCUAAAAUAGUAGUGUGGUAAGUUUUAUGGCAUGUAUUAAGCAUGAGAUCAUUUUGAGAUUGCAUGCUUAAUUUUUUGCGUGGAAAGUCUACAAAUUUGUUAGUUAUAGUGAAAUUUUAAUAAUUGUGGCUCUUUCAAUAAAAUAUGGCUUGUAAUAAAAUUAAUAACUUUCUGUUAUAGAUUUUAGAGAAAAAUAUUUUCAGGUCAAACUAUUUAUGAAAUGUAUUUGAUAAUUCAAGAUAGAUUAGUUAUUUUAUUUUAUUUUUAAGUAUUUUUAAAUUUGUAACAAAUUGCCCCUAACUCACUCUUAAGGCUUUUCUAAUCAAAUUUUACAAGAGACAAAUGUUCAUAUAUUUUUCUCCCUGGGAGCUGGGAAUAUUUUUUCAAUUUAUUCAGUGAAUCCCAAACUUUAAAUUUCAAUUUCCAUUAACUUAUUGAAUGAAAAUUCAUUUCCAGUUAAGUCAGCUGAGUACAAAAAUCCACAGCUACCUGGAGCAGUGGCCAGUGCUUGUCGUGGGCUAUCUUGCACGGACAUUACAGUACUUUGGACCUGGAAUCCAGCAACUUAUUCACUCAGUAAACACUUGAAAAAAUUAAAGUCAAAUUAUGUUUUAAUCAUCAUUAAUAGCGUGAUCUUUGUACAGCCCUUAACAGAUAAUUUAAAUUAAUAAUAUUGGACCACAGAGUUUAAAGACUUGCAUUUUAGAUUUUUUUAGAUGAUCCAAAUAAGGUUUUGAAACAUAUUGAAAGAACACUCAGAUUUUUUUUAAAAACCUAUUCCAGUGACAUGUUUUUCAAAUAGAAAAUUAAAUUUAUUUAUAUAUAAACGUCUUUAGUAUUUCUGUCAAUAAAAAAAAAAAAUAAAUAGUAUAAUAUAUAAAUGUAAAAUAUAAAAUUCUAAUUGCUUGAAAAAAACAAAAAAAACUAUUAAUUAUUUAUGGACCUCAAUAGGCUUUACUAAAUGCAAGCCUUCAGAUAUCUGGUGCAACAGAGGUGCAAGAGGAUGACAUAAAAAGGUCUGUAGAAAGGGGGUGUAACUAUUACUGUACUCAAAAGGGUUGACUAUUUCAUUUCACUUAUAUUCUCAUUUUGUUCAUGGCUUAGAUUUAUUACUGAAUUUGUCUAAUCCCAAAGAUGAGUUGUGGCAAUAUCUUGGCUGCAUAAUUCUUUUUGAUAAUAGAAAUUUGCUAAUGCAUUAAUUUAUCACUUACUGAAUACGCCUUUUACUUUAUUGUUGUGUUUCUGAUUAUCUUUCUUUACUGUAUUGUUUGUUCUUUCUAAGAUUCAUCAGCUGUUGUAGCUUCUCAACACUUUAUGAGCGACUUCAGUCAAACAGUGAAUCAGUGAUAGGAAGUGCUGACACGAGUGACUUCUGGCAGCUGCAGCCAAUCAUCAUAUCAGUCACAUUCCAACCAGGACAGACUCCAGCUUUUGAUAAAAAUGGUGUGUCAGAAUUAUUGAAUAUUAAGUUGUUUUUUUUUCUUUGUUACGUAGAAAUAUUUGUUUUAUUUUUCAAUGUUACUUGCGUGUAUUUGUUUAAUCAAGAAACUAUUCCUCCCAAACUUAAUUACCAAGUUUCAUGUUCAUUAUCUUUUCCUAAGUUUGAGCCUCAAAAUGUGUGGUCUACUCACACUGCAAUACAAUGUUGUGUUAGAUUGUAUUCUGGCAUGAUGCUAAAAAAGGCCAAAAUCCUUUUAAGUUAACACCAAAGGCUUUUAAAGUAAAAAAAUAAGUAGUAGAUAGUAUUUCCUUAUAGUGAAAUUUAUGAUCAAUUAACAUUACGUUAAUAAAGCUUUGCUUGGACUCACACGAAUAAUUCUACAUAUGUUUUUUUUCCCCCUGUUGAAUGGAUAAAGAUUUCAGAAUCUCGGAAAAAGUUGAUGCUGCUUCAAUUUUGUCCAAAGUAAUUGAGAGUAGUUGUCCUUUAAUUACUCAAGUUUAUUUGUUUUGCAAUUUCUUGACUUUCAUUGUUCUUCAACAAUUCAUUUAUUUCUUAGACUCAUGUAAUUUGUGCAAGACUGCAGCUGAAAAACUCUUGAACUUUGACCCAAGCAAUGCCACUAAAAUUAGAGACUUUCUUGAUUCUAUCAAGCUUGAUGUAAGUUUUUGUUUUUUAUAGAAAUAUAUUGCUUAUGAAGGUAUUUUAGGGCUAGGCUUUCCUGAAAGAAUGAAUAUACACAGGAAAUUGGUGCCAUUGUCAAAAGAAUUUAUUUAACUUUAAUUUUGAAUAAGUUGGUUUGAAGCUUUGACCUUUCACCUAGUAUUCAAAAAGUUGAAUUCUGAGUUGAUUUUAAAAAAAAAAAAAAAUUCAAUAUUAAAUAUAUUCCAUUGAUUAUUUCAUUUAAAUUAUCCAUUGAUUUUUUAAGUUGAAAAAAGAUUUUGUUCUUAAUUCAUUUAUGCAUUUUUAUCUAAAAUUAUAAAAUGAUAUUUUGCUCUAGUUUGUGCACAAAUUGAAUGAACUGAAGAGAUUCCUGAAGCAAGCUGAACUGGAUCAUUACGCCUUAUACAGGUAAGUUGAUAGAUUUUUUUUUAUAAACCAUUGUAUUUCAUUUUAGUUUUAGACAUAAAGGCUUCAAAUGUAUCUUAACUAUACCCUGAAAUUACCUUCUAUUUGUUGGUAUUCUAUUGCCUUAUUUCUCUGUCUUUUCAAAUAUGCUUGGUGUAUCUGAAUGCCAAUUAUUGUUCGUUUUUUGUUUUAUCUAAGGACAUUUCAGGCUUGAUGCAGCUAAAUAAACAUAAAUGUUUGUUUAUUUUUGUCUAAGGGCUUUCUCUUAUCUCAAGAACUGUGGAUGCGGUGAUUUACUUCUGCGGUAUGUCAAGUUGGAUGGAGGACUAGAUGCUUUAAAUUUAUUGUCAGUACUGGAAACCUUCAUCAAGGAUAAGGGACUUACUCUGCUGUGAUACAUUUCAGACGUGAAGUAUGGCUCUUUAUAUAAAACAUCUUCUGGACAUUCCGUACCGCUGAAAGUUUGUUUCCAAUCAUGACUAGUCAAUACAAGGGAAAACUUCUAUUCUAUUCAUUACAGUUAUCAGCUCUAGAGAUAUCGAGGCAUGGAUUAACUGUACAUGUUUGGAGGAUGAAAGUGUUGUUAAACAACUCUGUACAGGUGGGUCUCUAACUGCGAAUGAGUUCUGUUUUUAGGGAUUGUUCUUUAUAUGUUUUUGUUUUUAUGCAUCAAAUGAACUAAAUAUGCACUGUUUGGGUCUGUGAAGCAAUCAUAUUUUGCAUAUAAAAAGUUUUGUAUUAAAAAUCCAACAUAUUUUUGGGGGAAAAAAAGUUGCAAGUGUAAAUUUUUAAUAAUAUUUUUUUUUUAUUAUUUGAAUUAAGAUGUUUGUUAUCUGAAUAUUCAUAAAACAAGAACUUAAUUUAUUAAUUUAUGUGCCAAUGGAGUAGUCUUCACAUUUAGCCUAAGUCAAAAAACAUUUGUAGCUAGCACAUAACAGAAAAUUAGAAAAUUAUUUCCUUUUGUGUAUAGUUUAAUUAACGAUGUAGAAAUUUAACUCUGCAUUACUCUGAAAGCAUUGGUGUCCUACAGACAGUCAUCACUAAAUCACAAUAGUUUCUGAACUUGUUUUCCAUUUGCCACUAAAAUCUUAUGAGAAAUCACUUAACUUGUAUUAAGUUGUAUUUGUUUAAAUUUUAAUAAUCAAAGUGAAUUAAAUCAAUUAAAUUUGAAGCUAAUUUGUUUAAUUUCUAUAGACUGCUGCAUUUAAUCAGAGGAACCAUCUGGGCUUUUUCAUUUCUAAUCUUUUAGCAUUUAAUUUAAAUUUUAAUUUAAUACAUUUUUGUUAUUUAAAUAUUUAAUUUUUGUGAAAAAUAAAUGUGUCUCCCUUCUUGACAUCAUGACUUUAAAUAUAACACAAGCUGCCUCAAUGUUAAGAAAAACAAGCAUUCACUAAUGCCCAUAUUGGCUGAAGUAUCAAAUGUUUAGAGAACAAAUCGCAUACAGGUUAAUGUUUGAAACAAUAAAUUUGACUUGUCUGUUCCUUUUUUUAUAAAGGUUGGCGACGGCUAAUAUAAUUCCUCAUGAUAAAUGUAUACGUUAAGAAUAAAUUACAACAUGUUGUAUGAGAUUGUAUUUGUCGAAAUUGUCUAGUCUAAGCUGACUAGGCUUCAAUUAAUAAUUGUAUGUUCCAAAACUUGAACACUUGUAUACUUUUACACACACACACAAAAUUUUUUUAAUUUAAUAAAAAAAAAUUUGAGAUCUAAUAAAGAAAUAAAGGUGACCUCAUGCUUGAGACCUUGGCUUCCACUCCCAGAUAUCCUGAAAAAAAUUAGGGGGAAAUCUAGAGAGGUAAAAAGUGUCAAAUGGGAGUUUUUAUUUUACAUAACCAAGUCAGAUCUUGUCUAACAAUCUAUUUUAUUUCUAUCAGCUGUGACAUUUGCUUUGAAAAAUUAAUAUUUAAACUAUGAGUAUGAAUGCAUUAUUUAAUUCCCUGUCCUUGGCAAACAUUUUUUGACAAGGAAAUUAAAAAUGCAUAUGUGUGUUUCAAAUAGAUUACAGCCAGACACUGCAGUUUUUGAAAACUAAGUUGAAAACACACCUUUUUCGCACUCACCUGCUGGGGUGAUGUAGUCUACUGCCUUGUUUUAGCUUGCUCAUAUUCCUCAAUGUAGAUUUCGUAUUGUUGCGUUUUGUAUUUUAUUUGUGAAAAAAUAUAAAUUGUCAUAUAUGGUUGACUUUGUACUGCGCUUCGAGCCUUAAUUAAGGAUGAAGCGUGUUUUUGAAAUGAACUUUAUUAUUAUUAGUAUUACAUUUAAAUUUAACUAAAAUAUAUACGGUAUGAAAUUGAAAAAUAGAAAACUAAUUAAAAGGUUUUCAUUUAAAACAUGUCUUUUAAUGUCAGUGUACAUCAGUGGUUAAAAACGUAUGGCCCGUCUAUCUAAUAUGUCCAUAGAGUCAGUAUAAAAAUUGAGCUUGUUUGAAAAUGUCAGUGAUAUUUCUACUCCCAGAUUUGGUAAACUUAACAAUUACUUUAACAGUUGUGUGUGGUUAUAAAAUGGGCUGGCUCUUUCUUUUUGUUUCAGAAGCUGGGAUUUUUUUAAACUUAGUUUGCCCCAAAAUUGACUUGUAUUUUUCAAAGGAUGGGAACAUUUUUUUUUUUUUUUAAAUAUAAAAUUCAUGAAAUAUAAAUUAUGCACUAUACCAGCGUUUUCCAAGCUUUUAAGUUUGGAAGACAAGUAUUAAAAUUGCACCAGGGAACGGUACCAGAUUUAUUAGUAAUAUUUUAUAUUUACUUGAACAUAAAUAUUUAUGUUGCACUAUAUUGCAACUUGCCUUCUGGAGCCUGAAGCAUCAAGCUUUACACAUACUAAGAACUAAUCUUUAAAAAAAAUUGCCUAUUCUCUUACUCUUUAAAUUUUUGUGUGUAAACAACUCCUCCAAUGCAACUGAUGCCAAGCUGUAUCAUCCACAUAUGGUGUUCCCUUGGGCUAUCCAGGUUGAUGGAGAGAGGCGAUUUGCUGUCUAGGGAACCAGCUUAUAGUCCUAAAGGCCCUG